ACAGAUAGGGUAGAUGUAGAACAUUCACAGAUCCUUAAUUUUCCCAAGUGACCAUUCUUCUCACAAGUGACCAUUUUUCUUAAGUGACCAUCGAUCUGCGCAGCCAAAAAAUGAGCUGUUCCUUGUUGAAUCCGCUCCCAGUUGGUUCAGGUAGAUGCCAACUCCCGAAGCAACAUCCGAGCCUUCGUCCUUCGUUGAGUACACAAUUUCCCGGAGCUUUAUCACGUUGUGGAUGGAGAACAAAAAUGGUUGGACCGAUGAGACCUAAAUUCGUCGUCUUUGGCUCUUCCAUAGUUCAGUUCAGCUUUGCCGAUAAGGGAUGGGGUGCUGAAAUUGCCAAUUUGUAUGCCCGUCAGGCAGAUGUCAUUUUACGUGGCUAUUCUGGUUGGAAUUCAAGUCAGGCUCUAGAGGUUGUGGAUGAAGUCUUUCCAAAGGAUUCAAUCAUCCAACCUUCUCUAGUGAUAGUCUACUUUGGUGGUAAUGAUGCAGUCAUUAAUUUCCCUACUUCUGUGCCACUCAGUGAAUUUACCGUCAACAUGACCAAGAUUGCCAGCCAUAUCAAGAACCUCUCGACAACAACUCGCGGCAUCUUUCUCACACCACCGCCAGUAAACAGUGAGCAAAUUAGAGAGCUGUUUCCGGGACUUGAGAAGCUUCGAACGAUGGAGAAUCUUGAGAAAUAUACAGAUGCGUUAAUUGACAUUUGUAAGGAGAUAGGUGUUGAAUAUGUUGAUUUGUUUCGUGCCGUUCAGAGGAGAGAUGAUUGGCUAACUUUCUUCACAGAUGGAGUCCAUUUUAAUGAGAAAGGAAGCCACGUAGUUUUUGAGGAAAUUAAGACGCUGAUUAACAGGGCAAAUUGGGUACCAAGCUUGGCCGCAGGAUCCAUGCCAAUUGAAUUCGGAAAUAUCAGAGGACUACGUACCUUUAAUUUUGAAGGCUCAGGCAUCAUUCUAGAUUAAUUUUAACUAUUGCUCUAUGAUCUCUUCUUAGACUUCUAUAAAGGGCAGACUGUCAAGUUCUCUACUUAUAAAUUAUUGCUUAUGCUUUAAUUAGUUGAACUGUGUUAGUUAAAAUAAUAACAAACUGGCCCAUCUUUUUUUUUC